GGGGUUGGUCCCGUGGCUCCGGCCCCCGGUGCGGAAUGGCGGCGGUGGUUCGGAUGAAUAUCCAGUUGCUGCUGGAGGCUGCCGACUACCUGGAGCGGCGGGAGAGAGAAGCUGAACAUGGUUAUGCCUCCAUGUUACCGUACGAUAAAAAGGACAGAGAUGCCUUAAAACGGAGGAACAAAUCCAAGAAGAAUAACAGCAGUAGCAGAUCAACUCACAAUGAAAUGGAGAAGAAUAGACGGGCCCACCUUCGCUUGUGCCUAGAGAAGUUGAAGGGGCUGGUACCGCUUGGACCGGAAUCAAAUCGACACACUACAUUGAGUUUAUUAACAAAAGCCAAAUUGCACAUAAAGAAACUUGAAGAUUGUGACAGAAAAGCCAUUCACCAAAUAGACCAGCUUCAGCGAGAGCAGCGGCACCUGAAAAGGCAGCUGGAGAAGCUGGGCAUUGAGAGGAUACGGAUGGACAGCAUCGGCUCCACGGUCUCCUCAGAGCGCUCAGACUCCGACAGGGAAGAAAUCGAUGUUGACGUUGAAAGCACAGACUAUCUCACCGGGGACCUGGACUGGAGCAGCAGCAGCGUGAGUGAUUCUGAUGAGCGGGGCAGCAUGCAGAGCCUGGGCAGUGAUGAGGGCUACUCCAGCUCCAGCAUCAAGAGAAUAAAGCUCCAGGAUGAUCACAAGACGUGUCUCGGUCUAUAAGAGAUGGUGGUUGCUGUGGCUGCCUCCUUGAUGGUUCUCCCUGUCGGAUCUUAUUAGGUAGUGUAUUGGACCUUCCCACAAUCCCCUUGCACAUCAGUUUCAGUGUACCACCUUUACCAAAACCUGCUUCGUAAAAGGUCUGAAGGAAGUGCUUAGGAUUGUGGGUUUCUGAAUGCAUCCACUAGCUUCACCUUCUCUCCGUAAAAAUUCGUCUCUGAGAGACUGUACAUUCCAAUCAAUUUGAAGCACCCAAGAGUUCUUAGACCGAAUAACCAACCGUCACAUCUCAACCAUUUCCCCUCUUCUUUCCUGCCCUCAUCUAGUCCACCAGACCUUUCUUAAAGUUUUCUGGCUUACUGUGUGACUUGCCUAGCAAAAAUGUCCGAGUGUGUCUUGUGUUUAGGAAACUUGAAGGAAACAAACUUUUAAAGUUGAGAUCCUGAUCUCAGAACUCCAAAGUCAGCUUUGAAAGCAGCAUUGAAGAGCACUUAACCAUGGCCCUGACCCCAGUGAGGAGCCAGGAAUACCUCCAGAAAACAGACCCUUCACACACAGCCCCGGCUCAUUCCCCAACCUGUGCGUGGAGGGGAGCAGUAUUUCUCACUUCGGGUGGACAUCUUGAUAGCAUGUCUUUAGGAUUGCACAGCUUAUACGAGUUCUAAUAUUGUUCAUUCUCGCAAACAAAACGGUACAAUCUAUUUUUGUACAAUGUUCUUGGCACCUUGCUGUGGACUGCUAUCCCAAGACACAUUUUCCCCUCAAAGUUUGUUGAUGCUACUUGUCUCUGGAACUUUUUUUUUUUUUUUCCUACCUCA